AACAAUAUCACGUGGACCCUAUACGUAUGGUGUGUCGACCACCAACAUUUGAAUUGUUGAUCGGAUGUUAUUUCCUUCUUAUUUGUUAAAAAUUUGAAUUCGAUUGGCUCAAAAUUUGUGAAAUUGAUCAUGUCAAGUUUUAUUCCAUGCGUGAAAUGGGUGAAACAAGGUGUCUCAUUACACCAAAACACUAUCAAAUUGUCUACAGAAGAAUUACAACAACUAACAGCAAAAGAAAAAAGACCUGGUAGAAGUAAUCAAGACUACGGUUUAGAGAAUUAUGACGAUGAAGACAUGAACAUGACGGGAGCUAUGGCCGUUAGUAAUUUGGCAGUAUACAGUAAUGAUAUAGCUGAUUCUGAUACUGACAGCGACAAACUCGAUGAAAUUCUUAAGCCCGACGAUAAUCUAGUGUUAGUUGGUAAUGUUAAGAAAAACGAAUGCUCAUUGGAAGUUUAUGUGUACAAUGGCAAUGACAAAGAUUUUUACAUUCAUCAUGAUGUAAUUUUGAAACACCCACCGUUAUGUUUAGAAUGGUUCGGAUCUAUGGGAAAUUUCUGUGCUCUAGGAUCCAUGUCCUCCGUGAUCGAUGUAUGGGAUUUGGAUUUGAUUGGAAGUGUGGAACCUACAUAUAGAUUAGGUAGAAAAAAGAAAAAAAAUCCAGAAAAGAAUUAUGGACAUACAGAUGCCAUCUUGGAUAUAUCAUGGAAUGAACAUUUACCUCAUAUAAUUGCCAGUGGUUCAGUGGAUGAGACUAUUCUACUAUGGGAUGUAGAAACAAGUGAGCCUCAUACAAGAAUGGAAAAUUUUGGUGAUCAUAUUCAAUCACUAAAAUGGCAUCCGUUUGAAUCACAAACACUUGCAGUUGGUUCAUCAGAUUUUUAUGUUUAUGAUUGCCGUACUUAUGAUACAUAUAAAGACUGGUUUAUCAAAGGUAAAGUAGAAAAAACUUUAUGGGAUCCAUCCAAUGGAUUUUUGUGCUAUGUCGGUACUGACAGAGGUAAAAUCAUAUGUUAUGACUGCCGAGCUGAUAAGCCACUCUGGAAGUAUACAUGCCAUGAAAAUGAAGUCACUGGAAUUUAUGUUUGGGAUAAAUUUAUUAUUACCUCUUCAACAGAUGAAACACUAAAAGUAUGGGAUAAGCAAAAUAAACAUUUAAUUAAAAUUAGAGAAUUUUCUGGUGCAUUACAUAGUUUAGAUGGUUGUACUGAUUACCCAUUUUUAGUAGCUGUUGGUGGAAGCGGUACAUCUAAAUUUCAAUUGUUUGAUAUUAAUGAUUUUAGUUUAAAAACAUGUUGAUUUGUAUGUUUAUGACCAAUUUUUAAUAUA